AUGCUCAUGGUGGGCCCGCGCGGCGGCGGUGAUGCUCCUGGUGCGGCGCUGCUGGGGUCCGCGGCUGGCGGGUCGGCGGCCCAGCUGCUCGUGUCGGUGGCCGGCCGGGCCCGGCGGGAAGGACGGCCGGGGCUCCCGGGUCCGCGAGAAGCCGCCCUGGCGAGUGCUGUUCUUCGGCACCGAUCACUUUGCCCAGGAGGCGCUGCGGGCGCUGCACGCCGCCAGAGACAACAAAGAGGAGAAGUUAAUUGAAAAACUGGAGGUCGUCACCAUCCCUUCGCCGAAUCCCAGAGGCCUGCCUGUGAAGCAGUAUGCGAUGCAGUCCCAGCUGCCCGUGUACGAGUGGCCGGAUGUGGGAGCCGGAGAGUAUGACGUCGGAGUAGUGGCUUCCUUUGGCCGACUUUUGAGUGAGGAUCUUAUUCUUAAAUUUCCCUAUGGCAUAUUGAAUGUGCAUCCCAGUUGCCUCCCGAGGUGGCGUGGUCCCGCUCCGAUAAUCCACACGGUGCUUCACGGAGACACAGUCACUGGUGUCACAAUUAUGCAAAUCAGACCCAAAAGAUUUGACAUAGGCCCAAUUCUCAAGCAGGAAACCAUCCCUGUACCUCCCAAGAGCACAUCAAAGGAACUGGAAGCAGUGUUGUCAAAACUCGGUGCCAACAUGCUUAUCUCAGUUUUGAAAAACUUGCCCGAAAGUCUGAGCAAUGGAAGGCCGCAGCCAGCCGAGGGAGUGACAUACGCCCCUAAGGUUUCUGCCAGUACCAGCUGUGUCAAGUGGGAAGAGCAAACCUCAGAGCAAGUCCUCAGACUCCACCUCGCCAUUAGGGACAUAGUUCCACUGCAGACACGCUGGAUGGAGAGCACCGUUAAACUCUUGGACCUUGUAGAAGUUAACAGCGCCAUCCUUGCAGACCCCAAAUUAACAGGACAGACUGUGACUCCAGGGUCAGUGGUAUUCCACAAACAAUCGCAAAUGCUGCUGGUUCGCUGCAAGGAUAGCUGGAUUGGUGUUCGAUCAAUAAUGCUUAAGAAAGCACUAACAGCUACUGAUUUCUACAAUGGAUAUUUGCAUUCGUGGUACCAGAAGAAUUCCCACGCUCACCCAAGCCAGUGCAGAUUUCAGACUCUUAGAGUUCCAAAGAAGAUGAAGCAGAAAACCAAGAUUGUUGCUAUGCAACAGUGCAUUAAGUAGCUGGGAAGAAGACAGACAAGGACCUAUUACACAUUGUAAUUUAUUAAAAGCUUUAUUUACAAGCAGCUGCCAUGACUGUGAAAGAUGACGACCCUGUGGGAGAAAGAAUGGCUAUCAAGAUGGUGGAAGUCGUGCGCGCGCCUUUGUGUGUGGCAGUGAAGAGCAGCCUUUUCUACUUGAAUAACAAAAAUUUAAAUAAAAUUGGUGUUCUUAAUGUUCAGCUUAAAGGAGGUUGUGCCUUUUGAAGAGUGAGGCAGUUAAAUGGUAUAUAUUCCGAAAGGUUGUUCUGAAAAAGGUGCAUCUGAAGACUUGGGGGUCUAGCUCAGUAGGUGCAGUGCCAGCUUAGCCCUCGUGAAGUUCUGAGUUUGAGCCUCAGCACCACGUAAUCCAGGUAGUGGUGCACACCUGUACUCCCAGCACCCAGGAAGUGGCAGCAGGAGGAUCAGAAGUUGAAGGUCAUCCUCAGCCAUAAGCAAGUUGUGCAAGACGCUCCUAUUUGGAUUUUUACCAUUGCUGAAAAAAAGUUUGCUUUACCUCAGACUUAAAACUGAACUCAGGCUUGGGAUGGAGCUGGGUUGGUAGAAUGGUUGCCUGUUGUGAGCACAGCACUGGGCUUCACCUCUAGCAGCCCACAAACAGGCAUGGUUGUGCCUGCAGUCCUGGUACUUGGAAGACGAAGGCCACCACUACAAAGCGUGUUUGAGGCUGCCUGGGAUGCAUGAGAACUUGUCUAAAAACAAAAACAAAUGAAAAAAAGACUUGAUACUAACUUCUAAGUGAGCAACUCAGCACAACUUACCUACAUCUUUCAACGCUGAUUUCUCAGUGUAAUAACAUGGGUGAUAAAUAACUGUCUCACAGAAUGGUGCCAUGCACAGGAAAUGACCAGGGAAGCACCUAGCACUUAAUAACUGGUAGUUUUGACUGUCAUACUCGGGGUAUGUCUGAAGGUGUCUCUGGAUGAGAUUAAUAGCAUUUUAGUAGGUAAACUGAGUAAAGCAGAUUAUUUGUCUAAUGUGAUUUAAAGGCAGAAUGCUGGGCUUGGGUGAUAGCUUGGAGUUCAGUCCCUGCCACAAAAGCAUAAGGACCUGAGUUUGGCUUCCUACUCUCUCAUAAAAGCUGGACAUGGUGGCAUGCCUCUGCAACCUCAGUACAGGGGCAGCAGAGGCAGGUGUGUCCCAGUCGAGCUCAGUGAACUCUGGGUUCACCGAGAGACUGAGUCUCAAAAAGAAAGGGAGGCAGGGAAGGAAGGAAAUAAGAGAAGAAAAAACCAAGAGGGAACCGUGGUAGACUUUAUUAGAAACUUUUGCUCUUCUGAGACGUAACCCUGUUGACCUUUGAACUGGAGUCAUAAACCAGUGGCUCUAUAGUGUCUGUGAAACUGCAGAUCCGGGGACUCAGCUGGCCUUUAAAACCAUGUGAACCAAGUCAUUAUACAUCUGCUGCUUCUCUGCAGAGCUACGCACAUCAGUCUGGUCCUGCUGUUUUCCCCUUUUGGACCUUCUACAAAUCUUUCCACUGGGGCCAGCCACAGCGUGGGAACACCUUUAUGCCAACAUGACGAAAACAGUUUCAGAGUGAGACAGGAUCUGUGUAGCUCAGAAUUUCAUUUCAAAGAUGAGGAAAGAAGGCUGGGUGGUGGUGGUGCACACCUUUAAUCCCAGCACUUGGGAGGCAGAAUCGAGCAGAUCUCCUUGAGUUUGAGGCCAGCCUGGUCUACAGAGAGAGUUCCAGGACAGCCAAGGUUACACAGAGAAAUCCUGUCUUGAAAAACUUAAAAAAAAAAAAGAAGAAGAAGAAGAAGAAGAAGAAGAAGAAGAGUUCAGGCAUUGCUGCAUUGUGAAGAAUUAGAAGCCCAGGACUUACUAGGUUCAUGUAUGUGGGCGGAGGGCAUGUGGCAAUCAAUUUUCUCCUUCCAUCUUACAGUCCUGGUUGACAGGCUUGGUGGUAAGUGUCUGUCCACUGAGCUGUUUUGCCAGUUCUUUUUAAAGGACUUUUUACUUGGUUUGGGAGACAGUUCUUCUUUUGCAUAAAAUCCAGUCUUGA